AACGUUUUAGAAUUUUUAUAAAAAUGGCUCAUCUUAGCAAAAGUAAUAGUGAUAUGUCUUCGUCAGGAUCAGAACCAGAACUACGAAACAUCGGGGAUUCUCCAAAUCCUGAACGAUUUAUUUCAAAUUUAUCAGAAUCACCCACAGCUGGACCAUCUAAUAAUGUUACAACAAUGGUUCAAAGACGUCCAAGUGAAGCUCGAACAAGAUUAUCAGCUAGACCACCUACAUUUCCAAAACCGAAUAAUUCAUCAACAGAAACGAGUGAAUCGGAUGAUGAAGAUAAUAUGGACACACAUACCAAAGUGGCUUUACCUGAGGGUAGUUAUGAUCCAAAACAGUUUGAAAAUUUACAAGUAUCUGCAGAAAUAUCAAAUCUGUUUGAUCAUAUAAUGAGGUAUACACCACAAAGGAUUGACAUGGAAUAUCGAUUAAAACCUUUCAUACCAGAGUUCAUACCAGCUAUUGGUGAUACUGAUGCAUUCUUAAAAGUUGUUACUCCAGACAGAGAAUGGACAGGGGAAUCAUUUAAUACUAGCUCAUUAUUACAACUAGGCUUAGAGGUACUAGAUGAACCAUCAGCAACUCAGAGUGAUUCAGCGUUAUUAUUUUUGCAAUUACGAGCUACUGAAAAAAGUAAAAAAUCCAAAACGCCAAUGAAUGUAAAGAAAAUUCAAGAUGUGGAUAAAAACCCCAAAGCAAUUGAUCAAUGGAUAAAUGAUAUCAGUGAUUUACAUGGUUCACAUCCACCUCCUACAGUUACGUAUAAAAAUUCAAUGCCCGAUGUGGACUCACUAUUGCAAGAUUGGCCGCAAGAAGAAGCGGAUGCAUUAAAAAAUGGAUUUCCAAAUUAUCAAAUGAAUUGUACAUUAGAACAAUAUAUUGAAUUAGUUUGUUCAAUAUUCGAUAUUCCGGUGUACGAGAGCCGCAUCGAAUCGUUACAUGUAUUGUUUUCGAUGUGUCUAGCGAUCAAAAACUAUUAUCUGUAUUUGAAUACUACAGAAAAUUUGGAAAUUGAAUCGAAACCUUUAACUCGUUUAUCUGAAGACAGUGACAAUGAACAAGUGAUUAUCAAUUAUUAA